GAGGCGGGCGGCGCUGAGCGCACUCGCUCACUGAAGCAGUGAGGCCGGCCGGUUGGCGGCCACUCUCUCUCCCCCCGCCUCACAGCUGUUCAGUCAUCCUCUUCCCACACACCAACCACAUCGGGACUUGCAGCUUCCGCCAAAUUCACUGCCUGACGCGAUCCACUAUUUGAGAGGCGCGCACACACACACAACACACAGAAGGGAAAAAAAUAACAUCCUUCAAAGGAGCAACAACAGAAAGCGACAGAGGGAAGCCCGGCAGCGUAGCAGGAGCCUCCCAGCGACAGGGUUAUUUUCAAUGAAGAUUUCUCUGUCAGACCCUCUUUCUAACAACAGAAGAUGAAGAAUGUGUAAAAAUAAAAGACUGAAGCAGAUGUGAGGACCUGGAUCUAUUUUCUGCAGUCCUCAAUCCUCUGACAGCACAGAACAAAGUGCUUACACGGUGGCUUUCUGCAUCUGAAGACAGAAGGAUAUCCUGAAAUAUAAGGAAUUUAACAACCCAUCACUGAAGGAUGAAAUGCUCCAACUGGGUUUUGCUCUUUGGGCUGUGUGUUAAGAAUGUCGAAAUGAGAGGCUUUUAAUAAGAGAAUUUGCUGUUUGUCAAAUCAAGGGAAAGCUAUAUUUGGGGAAAGAAAGAGUGCUACAAGAAAUUCUAGGAGCUAAUCUGAUUGCUGGCACAAUGCUUUGAGGAAGAGAAAGACAGAAACUCAUUCAUCUCGAAAGCAUGCCAGCUUCUGACCUGUGAACGGCUACGGUGGAGUACAGAGAGAGCUGACCAGCUGAAGAUGCGGCCAUGGACCAGCUCCUGGCGAUGGAUUAUGUUGAUCCUUCUUGCCUGGGGGACGUUGUUGUUCUAUAUAGGCGGACAUUUAGUCCGAGACAGCGACCAACCAGAUCGCUCCAGCAGAGAACUGUCCAAGAUACUGGCAAAACUUGAACGUUUGAAGCAACAAAAUGAAGAUCUGCGGAGAAUGGCAGAGUCCCUGAGGAUUCCUGAAGGUCCCAUUGACCAGGCACCAGCUGCUGGAAGAGUACAUUCAUUAGAAGAACAACUGUUAAAGGCCAAAGAGCAGAUUGAAAGCUACAAGAAGGGAGCGGACAAAGGUCCUGGGAAAGAACACGAGGAGCUACGGCGUAAGAUUGAAAAUGGAGUGAAGGAGCUCUGGUUCUUCGUGCAGAGUGAAGUCACGAAAGUGAAAAAACUGGAGGGUGAUGAAGCAGAAAGGCAGGCGGAUUCUUUACUUGAGAACCUGGGUGAACAGCAGAGGUCCAUAUUGACAGACGUAUACUACCUCAGUCAAGCAGAUGGGGCCGGUGAAUGGAGAGAGAAUGAGGCCAGGGAUCUGACAGACCUGGUUCAGCGGAGAAUAACAUUCCUGCAGAACCCCAAGGACUGCAGCAAAGCCAAGAAGCUGGUCUGUAACAUCAACAAGGGUUGUGGCUAUGGCUGUCAGCUCCACCAUGUUGUUUACUGCUUCAUGAUUGCUUACGGUACAGAACGCACUCUUAUCCUGGAGUCACAGAACUGGCGUUAUUCCACUGGGGGUUGGGAGACUGUCUUCAAACCAGUCAGUGAAACUUGCACAGAUAGAUCUGGCACCAGCUCCGGCCAUUGGUCAGGUGAGGCCAAUGAUAAGAAUGUCCAGGUGGUGGAACUCCCCAUAGUUGACAGCCUACACCCUCGUCCACCAUACCUUCCCUUGGCUGUUCCUGAAGACCUCGUAGGUCGAUUAACCCACUUGCAUGGAGACCCCUCAGUCUGGUGGGUCUCCCAGUUUGUCAAAUAUUUAAUACGCCCACAAUCAUGGUUGGAGAAGGAAAUUGAAGAUGCAACCAGAAAACUUGGCUUCAAGCAUCCGAUUAUUGGUGUUCACGUGCGACGUACAGACAAAGUGGGAACUGAAGCAGCUUACCACACCAUUGAGGAAUACAUGGCACAUGUAGAGGAGCACUACAAGUUCCUUGCUCGCAAGGUGGAGAUCGACAAAAAACGGGUUUACCUUGCUACGGAUGACCCCAACUUACUUCAGGAAGCUAAGUCAAAAUACCCAGACUAUGAAUUCAUCAGUGAUAACUCCAUCUCAUUUUCAGCUGGACUACAUAACCGAUACACAGAGAAUUCACUGCGAGGUGUCAUUCUCGACAUCCACUUCCUGUCUCAGGCUGACUUUUUGGUCUGUACGUUCUCAUCCCAGGUUUGUCGAGUGGCCUAUGAGAUAAUGCAGACAUUACACCCAGAUGCAUCAGGUUAUUUCCAUUCCCUGGAUGACAUCUACUACUUUGGUGGACAAAAUGCGCACAAUCAGAUUGCAAUUUCUCCUCACAAACCACAGAAUCCAGAGGAGAUUGUAUUGGAGCCUGGAGAUCUGAUUGGGGUGGCUGGCAACCACUGGGAUGGUUAUUCCAAAGGCAUCAAUCGGAAAUCUGGGCGAACAGGCCUCUAUCCAUCUUACAAAGUGAAGGAGAAUAUUGAUACGAUUAAAUAUCCAACAUACCCAGAUGCUGACAAUGAAAAGCCACAGUAACUGCAAGGACACUCUGCGGCCGUGGUGAAUGUAUCUCGCCAUACAUCUGAAAUCCAGCCAACGAUUUUUUUUUUAAUUGAGUUCUGUGCAGAUGCAUCUAUCGCCCUCCGGUUGUGUUUGGUUGUCUGCCAUUAAUUCACGGUGACCCUCAGUUACUGACACUGACCCGUUGUACAGGUUAGAGCAUGAGCAAAUGUCUGUCCAGUCAUGGUGCCUAACAUUCUUCAACCUUGGACCUUCCUGAAGAACCAUGCCCAGCAUUAGCACAGAGAUGUCUUUGAAACCUCGGCUUGAAGGAAAGAGUUUAAAUUAUCAGGCAGAAGAGAUGUACGUAAUCGUGAAGACAUUAUCCAUUUCACACGCCUGUUCUUAAGAUGACACUUUGUCAAGAAUUGAAAGUGCUUGUCCUUUGCAAGGGUGGGCAGGAUCAGAAUAAGCAAGUGCACAUUCUCAUUUCACAGUCUUUUGUAAAAGCAAAAUCAUGGACAGAAUCUUUAAUACAUAAUUUCCAGACAUUGUCUUUGAUAACAAAAGUAAAUAAAUCUAAAUGAAACCAAUUGAGACAGA